GGGGACCCGUCAGCGCAUCCAGAUAGACCCGUGCUGAGUCACAGCUGGGAGGCCCCGCAGCUUCCCCCUCCUUGCCUGCACCCCAUCGCUCCUCCCCGCUUCAAAAAGGGAAGGAAAGGGCGAGCCCCAGCCCCGGCCCCAGCCCGGCGCGAGGUGCUGCAGCUGCGCACCGCAGAGGACGGGCGAAACUCAGCGCAGCAGUGAGCGGGUCCCCCCCCUACCCCCAGCUCCCCACGCCGCCGGGAUGGAGAGCCGGCCGUCGAAGGAGCCCGAGAUCGAGCUCUUUGUCAAGGCCGGUCUGGAUGGAGAGAACAUCGGGAACUGCCCCUUCUGCCAGCGCCUCUUCAUGGUGCUGUGGCUCAAGGGGGUGAAAUUCAACGUCACCACGGUGGACAUGACCAGGAAACCCGAAGAGCUGAAGGAUUUAGCGCCAGGCACCAACCCACCCUUCCUGCUGUUCAACAGGGAGCUGAAAACCGACUUCAUCAAGAUCGAGGAGUUCCUGGAGCAGACCCUGGGCCCUCCCACGUACCCGCACCUGAGCCCCAAGUACAAGGAGUCCUUCGACGUGGGCAGCGACAUCUUCGCCAAGUUCUCGGCGUACAUCAAGAACCCGCGCAAGGAAGCAAACAGCAACCUGGAGAAGGCGCUGCUGCGGGAGUUUCAUCGGCUGGAUCAGUACCUCAACAACCCGCUGCCCGAGGAGAUCGACCAGGACAGCGUGGAGGACAUCGCCGUCUCCAAGAGGAAAUUCCUGGACGGGGACCACCUGACGCUGGCCGACUGCAACCUCCUGCCCAAGCUGCACAUCAUCAAGAUUGCAGCCAAAAAGUACCGCGACUUCGAGAUCCCGGCCGACAUGACGGGCGUCUGGCGCUACCUCAACAACGCCUACGCCUGCGAUGAGUUCAGCCACACGUGUCCCGCGGACGAGGAGAUCAUUCACACCUACGCCAGCGUGGCCAGGAAGAUGACCUAGCCCCGCCGCAGGACCGCCGGUCCCUCCGCCUCCCACCCAACCCUGGCCGAGAGAGGGGCUGGAGGGGGGUUUGGCAUCCCUAGACCCCAACCUGUGGAAACAGCGCCUUGCUUUGCACCCCCUCGCGUGCCACCAGCGCUGACCGGUCGCCGCGUGGCCACGGUGGCAGCCGUGUCACUGUCCCUCCCCUCCUUCCCCUC